AUGUCGAUGUCGGCUACGCCAUCAAUGUCGUCCGCCGCUCACCCGGCUAGUGGCUCGGAUCAUGCCCAGAUGACUAUUUUCAAGAAACUAUACCCAGAAGAGUACCUUCGCCGCCAUUUGGACGAGGGUAUCCGUGAAGAUGGACGUGCUUUGGAUGUGCCACGAGAUGUAUCUGUGGCCGCGGGCAUCAUUUCCCAUGCACAAGGCAGUGCUUUGGUCCGGCUAGGUCAAGGUACAAUGGUCACAGCGGCUGUACAAGUCCAAACGGCCAAGCCACAUUACGAGCGCCCCCAUGAGGGAUUUCUUGUGCCCAGCAUUGAUCUUUCACCGCUGUGCUCGCCACAGUACAAAGUAGGACCACCAGGCGACGAGGCGCAGGUGAUGGCCCACUACCUACAGAUGUUUCUGAACAUGUCCGGCAUUUUACCGCGUACAUCUUUGUGUAUUGCUCCUGGUGAACUCUGCUGGAGUGUCCAUGUUGAUAUGGUCUGUUUAAGCGACGAUGGUGGUGUCUUGGACGCUGCCGCGUUGGCAGCUGUGGCUGCCUUGCAUGACUGCCGCCUUCCCAGUGUGGUGAGCGGCACAGAGGAUGGGAGGCCGAUUUUUGACGCUACUACCACGCAAAAGCUCGCACUGGUGGGUAUGCCUAUCCUCUCCAGCUUUGGUCUUUAUGAUUCGACCUACUUGUUAGCGGAUACCACAGCUUUUGAGCAGGCCUUGUCUGCUGGCUGUCUCCACAUUGGGCUCGGUGCCGAGGAUAAAGAUGCCUUUUGGAUCAAGGCACUGGGCCGUAGUGCCGUGACGCAGCCACGUCCAUGGCAAGGCAAAGACCUUGUGGAAGCAUGCGUCCAACUUGCGCAGAAGCGCGUUCCUCAAAUGCAAAAACUUAUUCGGGAUGCGCUUCUGCACCGUGAUACCCAAGCCGUCCAGGCUUAG